CCGCGAUGGAAACCCUAAUGGUGGACCGCGUCCACGCCAGCCUCCGCCUCUUCAUGAACCGCAACGCCGUCUUCCUCUGCGAGCGCCUCUGCGCCCAGUUCCCCGCCGAGACCAAUGUGCAAUUGCUAGCGACUUGCUACCUCCACAACAACCAGCCCUAUGCUGCAUACCACAUAUUGAAAGGUAAGAAGAUGCCAGAGUCUCGGUACUUGUUCGCUAUAUCAUGCUUUCGAAUGAACCUCUUGCGGGAAGCUGAAGAAACUUUAUGUCCAGUCAAUGAACCAAACGUUGAGGUUCCAAGUGGUGCGACAGGACAUUACCUUCUUGGAUUAAUUUACAGGUACACUGGCAGAGUGGCACCAGCAGCUGAGCAAUUUACACAAGCUUUGACUCUAGACCCUCUUUUAUGGGCAGCAUAUGAGGAAUUGUGUAUACUAGGAGUUGCUGAAGAUGCAAAUGAAUGUUUCAGCGAAGCAACUGCUCUACGUCUCCAGCAGGAACACACAUCCACAUCAAAUUUGGAGAAGUCAAACUUUGUCAAUGAAAAUCGGGUUCUAUCUUCUAAUGUAUCAGCCAGCCUCGUGGAUAUCAGCCCAAAGCAAAUAAAACAACUGCAUGCUAACAACACAGCUGAAGUACCUGGUUAUUCUCAUUUAAGAGCAACUGCAUUGCAUGUGCAGAACAGUGUACAAUCUAAUGUAGGACAGUUUGAUAGCCCAUCACCAACUGUAACACAGACUUCUGGUAUUGUUCCACCACCACUGUUUAGGAAUGUCCAUGCCUAUCAGAAUACAAUUAUUGGUGAUGCUCCAGCCAAACCAAAGAUGAAUGCAGUGAACCAACCACUGAGAAGAAAAUACCUGGAUGAAGCAAGACUGAAGAAGGUUACUGGAAGGCUCUUUAAUCAGAGUAGUGAGUCAAUACCUCGAAGAAGUGCAAGACUUUCUAGGGAUACACCAAUAAAUUCGAAUUCAAAUAUAUCUCAGUUUGGAGGGAAUGUAACAGAUCAUUCGUCAGGAAGCAGGUAUGAAGCUGUUGACGAGAUGUGGACAGAUAAUAUAGCAGCAACCUCAUCUUCUGUAAGUAUAGCUGAAGGAAGAUGCUUUGAGCAAGAUAAACCUGAGCGAAUCCUGUCACAAGACUCCAAAUUGGUGACUGGUAUCAGAGAGCUAUUGGGACUUCUGCGGACACUUGGUGAAGGCUAUAGACUAUCAUGCUUGUUUAAGUGCCAGGAAGCACUAGAGGUCUAUAGAAAACUCCCAGAGCCACAAUUUAAUACUGGAUGGGUUUUAUGUCAGGUUGGGAAGGCAUAUUUUGAACUGGUGGAUUAUUUAGAAGCUAAUCAUUUCUUUGAGUUAGCGCAUCGAUUAUCACCCUGCACGUUGGAGGGAAUGGACAUCUACUCUACUGUUCUUUAUCAUUUGAAUGAGGAAAUGAGGAUAAGUUACCUUGCUCAAGAGCUUAUUUCUGUUGAUCGACUAUCUCCUCAAGCAUGGUGCGCAGUGGGAAAUUGCUUUGCAUUGCGGAAGGAUCAUGAGACUGCUCUGAAAAACUUCCAGCGUGCUGUACAGAUUGAUCCGAGAGUUGCAUACGCUCACACUCUAUGUGGUCACGAAUAUUCUGCAUUGGAGGAUUACGAGAACAGUGUUAAAUUCUACCGAUGUGCACUUCAGGUAGAUGAAAGGCACUACAAUGCCUGGUAUGGGCUUGGAGUGGUGUACCUUCGCCAGGAAAAGUUCGAGUUUGCAGAGCAUCAUUUCAGAAGGGCAUUUCAGAUAAAUCCUCGGUCUUCUGUUCUUAUGUGCUAUCUUGGGAUGGCCUUACAUGCUCUAAAGAGGAAUGAGGACGCACUGGAGAUGAUGGAUAAAGCUAUAUUUUCUGAUAAGAAGAAUCCGCUUCCCAAGUAUCAGAAAGCUUUAAUUCUGGUAGGCCUUAAAAAAUAUCCGGAAGCUCUGGAUGAGUUGGAGCGGCUAAGAGAGAUUGCACCUCGUGAGAGUAGUAUGUAUGCACUUAUGGGGAAGAUAUACAAGCAACUCAAUAUUCUCGACAAGGCUGUGUUUUGUUUUGGCACUGCCCUGGAUUUGAAACCUCCCGCUGCUGACCUUGCUAUAAUCAAGGCUGCAAUGGAGAAAGUACACCUUCCAGAUGAUCUGAUCGAGGAUGACCUGUAAGUUAACUCAAAAGCACAAUGAGAAAUGGAAGUUUAGCUGGAUCUAUGGUUUUCUGCUUGUGCUGCUUGGAAUCCUGGCCUGCUUGCGCUUUCCGAGGAAAUCGGGGCUUGAAGGAAGAAAACCAUCACGUGGAAUCAGAAUUGACUGUUCCUAUGUAUUUUCUCAGGGCAUUAGGAUACAUCCAGUUUUGUAGCAUUAGCUGUAACCCGUAGACUGACAGCACAAGCAUAGUAGCUGUAGUAGUUUAGGUGUACAAGUUGAGUGUUGGCAUUGAAGCCUGCAUCACUGUACAAUUGUCCAAAUACCAAAAGAAACCAUCAAGAAAUAACGGAGGUCAUCCAAGGAUAAAAAGAUCAUUCCGAAUCAAGCAGAUUGUGAAUUGCACCAAUUUACUUCUCUGGUGCUUAAUUUGAAGGCAUGAAUCAAGCAGACUAGUCAAAAGCUUUGAAGAAGGCAGGAGGAAGGAUACGCUGAUGAGUUGGACUUGUUCCACUGUAAGUAGUGGGGAGAUAAAUUUAGGGAAUAUGUGUGGAUUUGCAUCCAAAGAAAUUGUAACAUUUCGUUAUCUUACCAUGCUGUUGUAGUAGUAGUCUUAUGAUUCC